UUAUCCUAAUUCCGUUUUCACUAUCACACAGGCUUAUGCUCGUAAACGAAAAAUCCUGUGGAUUCCUUUAUAUUCCCAAUGGAUGGUACAUAUAUCCAAAUUUUGACGAAACUCUGUUCGGUGCAAAUAUCAUAGCACAAUGUAACAUUGGAUAUAAACUUGUUGGAAAAAAUACUAGAACUUGUCGAGAUACAGGUUGGGAUGGCAGAGACCCUGUCUGUGAAGUGGUGAAAUGUUCCAAACCUCCUAAAAUAAACAACGGACAUCUUGAUGAACCACACGAGCAAAAAUAUCUAUAUGCACAAGUGGGCUCCGCCUUCAUUUUCGAAAUACUAUACCGAGAUUGUCUAGUUGUUGACUUCUUUGAAACUGGGCAAAAUAUCACAUUAAGGCCUGGUGUGAAAGGAGACCUGCGAAUGAUUACGUGGCAACACCAAGGGAGGAAAGUUGUCAAAUACGAGAUACUGCCAUGGAACAAUGGCACUACCGAGUGGUACCUAUUGAAGAACAGAGCACUUCUUAAUCUGGCAACUGGUGAUCUCACACUACUGCAGCUGAGAAGCAGCGACAGUGGCUUCUAUGAGUGUGAGAUCCUUGUGGAGAGAUCUCUAAUGCGGUCCAAAUAUGAUAUUACAGUUAUGGAUGCAGUUUCAACGCCAAAAGUGAUGUGUCUGUCAAACGGUACAGAAGCAGAAGAAAUAACACUUCAGUGCUCAGUGGAUCCUUCAGAACAGGCGACCUUUAAAUGGGACGGGCCUCAUGGUUUCAUUGGCCAUGGGGACAGAGUUCAAAUCAACAAAACCACAGACCGUGACUCAAUCUACAGCUGUACUGCAGAAAAUGACGUGAGCAAAAAGAUCACGUUUAUUGAUCUGAAGGGCUGUUUCUCAGAUCCAUCUGAAGGAAGUCAUGUUCCAAUCAUUUGA